AUGGCCCUCGAAGCUGCCCUCAAGUCGGACGCGCUCACCACUUUCGCCGCCUCCCUCACCCACGUGCUCGGUGGACGGCCCACCACGAACGUCGUGCUCGCUGUGGACGCGUCGCAGCUCGCGAUCUUCGAGUUACUGGCGAUUGGCUCGGGCGGCUCCAACUUUUACGAGCGCUGUGGCGUUUCGCGUCUCUUGAGCGUGCAGCUCCAAAGCAGCGACGGGACAACCGCCUCCCAGACGCUCCAGCAGCAACUGGACAUUGACAAUGAACAACACAAGACGCCGGACGAGGGGGCGACGCUCGUGGUGGUGGCUCCUCCGCUCCCGACGGUCGCUAAGCGGCUCGCGGAUGCGCUCCGCCCGCUACAAAAUACACAGAAGCGACGGUGCGCCGUCUUGUGGCUCCCUGCUGCAACGUCGGACGUGACGCUGGAAAUGGAGCGACAGGGAGCCGCGGAGUUGAUCGACCAAGGGGAUCUACCGCUCGGACUGAUUCCAGUGGAUCGGGGCGUCGCGGCUCUGUGUCACGACAGUAUCUUUGGCGAACUUUAUGUAAAAGGGGACAGUCGGUCUUUGACGCACGUCGUUCGGAGUCUUUUGGCGGUGGAGAGACACACGGGACGUCGGCUUUUGGAUGUGACGCGUCACGGGUUCUUUGCUCAACGGGUUAAGACCAUGUUGGAACUGGUCCAUCGACAAGAAGAGAGACUGAAAAAAACGAGUCGAGGGGUGGAAGCUCCAAUUAAAGAAGUCGGUGUGGUGGGUGAUCUGUUGGUGGAUAAAUUGGUGGUUAUUGACCGCAUGGAGGACCCGUUGUCGAUGCUGCUGACGCCCAUGACGUAUGAAGGAUUGCUGGAUGCACUGGUGGGGGUGAAUCACGGUGUUGUCACGUACGAGAAGGCGAAGGACGAGGAGACCGAGACGGUGAACGAGGUCGAAGACGGAGGACGGUCCAGCAGCGUCGGGACAAACGAAUCGAAUCGAGCGACUUCGACACAGAAAGUGGUGCUGAACCACUUGGAUGCGCUCUUUGACGAGAUCCGCGAUGUGAACUUUAACUUGGUGCCCGACCAGUUGGUUAACGUUGCAAAGGAGCUAGCAACGGAAGUGCGUGGCAACAAGCCGAGCUCUACUACUGACGUGCGGAAAGACAAUCAAGCUGAGUUCCAAAAAGUGAAGGACCUGUUGGCAAAAGCACCUCACUUGAUUAAGAAGAAACGCUCAUUGUCUCACCACCUGCAGUUUGUACAGCGCAUUCGAGAUCUGAGUACGCAGCUGGCACUGCGUGGUUGUGUCGAGACUGAGAUGGCUAUCAUGAGUGCCGGCCCCAGUGCGUCUUCUGCUACUGCCAAAGAAAUUGAUGCCUUUUUAGAGGAAGCAAUUUUGCGUGAACCGCCUUUGAACCUAUACGAUGUAGUCAAGUUACUCUGCUUGUGCUCUCUUGUUCGGGGGGGGCUCAAGCCGAGUACGUUGAGCUGGUACCGUCAGCAGCUCUGCCAUACGUAUGGACACCAAAUCCUGCCACUGCUCGUGCAGCUGGAGAAAAUGGAUUUGCUGUCUAUCGAGAAUCGCUUUGAUUUCCCGAAAAAGCGGAAACAGCUUUUACUCAUGCGUGGUGUACUGGAUGACGAGGAAACGAGAUCUCCCAAAGAUAUCAAUUUCAUGUUUCCUUAUACGGGCUACGCGCCAAUGAGUAUUCGUUUGUUGCAAGAAUCGCUGGGCAUGAAGUACAAGACUUCAGCCAAAGAUCCAGCGUCUUCACGCAUAAGUUUGGGCAGAGAAUACGAAAGUUUCUCCAGCAGCAUGUCUAGACUAUCCGGAAUGGCUUCGAAUGUCGAUAAAAGCAGCAAGGGCGGAAAACGCAUGAAUGUGCUGGUAUACUACGUGGGCGGUAUCACAGUCGCAGAGCUCACAGCUUUUCGCUUCCUGAAUCAAAAGCAAAGUGAGUUUUACUUCUUCAUUGCUGCGACCAGUAUCUGCAACGGUAGUCGUCUUCUGCGUGCUAUCUAUUGA